AUGAAUGACCAGUGGGUAACUUCUGCUGGGGGCCCUUCCAAUUCUUCUGCUCCUCUCACACCAGGGGAUCGACCACUCAAGAGUCCUAGUCAUUUUCCGCGGUCUCACUUCUAUACUGAAGGCAGUGACUCAGGGGAGGACUCGCACAUGCUGGGAUUUAUGGGCCCUUCUUCUUCCGAAGAUAACUUCAAUAGUCAUGUUAUGGUUGAGCCAGGCGAUGAAUCUGAGGGCGGAACUACAUCACAGCUGAACCUAGUGAGCGGCCGACAAAAUGAUACAGAAGAAGAGAUAGGAGCUUUUGAAGGAACUAUGGAUGACCAGGCGACGCUUCGAAUGAGUCGGGGAAGUGAUGCCUCUAAUUCUAGCGAGGGAAGUUCAAUUAGCAGUGUUAGACGAAGACAGAGCGCGAGUCUCGGAAAAGCUCCUAUGAGGGAAGACAGCUUAGGUCAUAGUGUUUCUACUGCUGGUUAUCAAGCAGACAUGUCAACUACUCUAGAUCGGGUUCCGAGCUCGUCUAGUUCUUCUCGACGAAAUACAACGUCAUCUAGGCUCGAUCGCAGACCUUCAAACCAAUCUUCGUCAUCGAGGCGAACCUCAACUCAAUCUAAUAAGAGCAGACGUACAUCAUCUUCCCCAAAUUCUCUUGCGGAGCAGUCGCCGAGAAGCUCGGCUAAUCCUACGAAUUCACCUUCGGAUGAUGAUGGCACGCCAACUAUAUCUCGGUCCCCCUCGACUGUUGUACAAAGGCAGACGAGAGAUCGAGAAUCUGCACGGAGCGAAGUUGUAGUUCCUAGAUGGCAGUCGGACUCGGAGGUUAUUCAAUGUCCUAUUUGUAAUGCUUGGUUUGGUUGGCUAAACAGAAAGCAUCACUGUCGAAAAUGCGGCCGUGUGGUCUGCAAUUCUUGUUCCCCGCAUCGAAUCACAAUUCCCUAUCAAUACAUUGUGCAACCUCCAGACCAUCCGUCUCCAUACAAUUCUGUAGCCUAUAAUCGUCUCCAUGAUCCACAGGGCGAAGGACGUACAAAUACUUUAGAGUUUGGUGGAGGUGAUAGAGUUCGUCUGUGUAACCCUUGUGUACCUGAUCCGAACGUAGCUCCACCCCAAACCAACCAAACAGGUUCUAACACAGAACCUCGAUACAACAUUGGGCAUCACGGCCGAACACGAAGUUCUAUCGUUCCCUCUACAACUAUUCCAGGAAGCCUACCAGCGGAGUCUCGAUUUCGACUUGCUGAUCACCGUUCACAUACAAUUCGUGAUCAAAGAACUUCUAAUAGGUAUUCACCAUCCGGGAUGAAUCCCACUCCUAGAACAGCGGAAGAGUUUCAGACUUGGUACAGGGAGAGAGCUGGUAUGAGCUCUGGACAAAGUGUGCGCUCAAGAAGCUCGACUGUUGCUGGAACUGGGCGGGAUACAACUGAAGACAUGUUUACAUUCCUCAGAAAUGUACGAGGCCCUUCUGCUAGCGUUCAGACACCACCGAAUGCUACUGUAUCAACAGCAGCCAGGCGAUAUAUCCCGUCGGCGGAAGAUUUACGUACCCGUCCUUUGCCGCGACCACCUCAGAUACAAGAGGAAGAUGAAUGCCCCAUUUGUCAUCAUGAACUCCCUUCUAGAGCUCUCGCUAAUUCCGAAACUCUUCGCUCCGAUCAUAUCAUGUCCUGUAUCGAUCGCGCCACAUCUAGAAUGUUUAUCGGUACUCCGACUUCUACACCUCCUCCGCCAGUCCCGUCAGCAACACGUCCGGCGCCACCUAUCACCCAAUCAUCUGCUCAGUCAACUUCCUCCCACGCUUCUACUUCUGCUACAGUAGCCGCACCUCCCCCUCUUACAUCAAACCCUUCAGCCGGCCCCUCUCAACCUCGACGCACAGGAGUAUUUCCGUAUAUUGCAACGGAGAAAGAUUGUCAAGACGACGCGGAAUGUCAAAUCUGUUUGGAGGAAUACGAACCGGGAUUGGAAAUGGGACGAUUGGAAUGCUUCUGUAGGUUUCAUUUGAGUUGUAUCAGAAAAUGGUUUGAGAAACAUCCGGGAAGAUGUCCGAUGCAUCAGCACGACGAAUAUGGAUAUUGA